AUGCGUUUUCCCACCUCAACUUCAACCUACCUCUACCUAUCUCUUGCACUCUUCCUUACCAUCAUCAUCAUCACCUCAGCCGCUGUACCAGUAGUCAAGGAAGGCUCAACCUCCAUCGUCACAUCCACCCAAGCCCAAGCCGCCGCUACCGUAAAGAGUAUCAUCGUUGUUGAUCCCACACCUCCUCCAUCAAAGCGAGACAUUGAUGACAUUGGCCCGUCGUCAUCAUCGGUAUGGGAAGACGAUGACGACCCCUACGCCCAUCCUGCUCCUGGCUCUCCUGGUGCGCUGAAUCAUUUCCCACGUCCGGCGCCCUCCUCAAAGGGCGGCGGUGGCGUACUUUGA